AUGCUGGCGAUAAGGCGACAGGAAAUGUUCUACAUUUGGGAGGGCAAAGACAGAUGGCAAUCUUGGCUCGUGCUGAAGGCAAUAGCAAUGGAGGUGCCGAACAGUUUAAAAACUACUUGGAAUACACAGCGAGAGGAAGAAGAGAAAGAACUUACAACGCACAAGCACAUCACACUGAGCAUGAACGAGCGUAUGAUGAUGGAUGAUGAAGAACUGCUGCUGCAUUAG